UUCUUUCCGGAACUGAGAAGCAGAAAGGGAAGGAGUUGAAGAUUACAAUAGGCAAAUAAGAGUCAGAAAGGUGAGGAGGUGCAUGCCAAUGGAGGAGCAGAAAUCCCUAUACGUAUGUACGGCCGAUUAUGACAGUAAGCGCCGUCGGUACGUUGUGUACCGAAUCAAACUGGCAGAACUAUUUGAGAGACAUGCUUCCUUGCAGCGGCUGGCAGAAUUGCAAAGUCAGCCCAUGGAUACCAUUGUAACCGAACCAAUGCUUUUUCCUCGGUUCCACAUGGGUUGUGGUGUCUUUGGCUCUCGAAUUGUCUUCGGGGGCGGCUGUUUCCCCUCUUCGUCAAAGUUAAGACACAAAGGACAUUUGUGGUUUCCAAGAUGUUCUCGCACGGAGUUGUAUGUCUUUGAGAUGGAUUCGACAGUUGAUCCGCACCCUAACAUCAAGCCAAACAUGAUGCCGAACUUCAGUUCUGGCAAACUUCAGCCUAUGAUGUUCGAGUUUGAGGGUCGCUUGUUUGCCCUUGGCACCUCUAUGUCGAAUUUUUGUGACUCUCUUGCAUUUGAGGUGUUUAACCAGAAUGAAAAUCGUUGGUUACGGCUUCCGGAUCAUCCUCUGAUGCAGUCUCUUGAUCCUAGUGUUUUGGACCAGCUGCGGGACCCUUAUGCGCCAAAACCUCUUGCUGGUUAUAACGAAGAUGAUUUCUAUUUUUCGUACGCUCUGUUGGAAAACAUGUUAUGGGUCUCCAGUAGUGUGUAUAGUGAAGUAUACAUGUUUAACCUUAAGUUAUCGGAGUUUGCGACUACUGAGGUGGGGCAGCCUCCAUUUGCAGUCGAAAAGUUUUGGCCUACAAUUCGUGGAAUUCCUCCCGGAAUUCUUGGCAAAGGGCGAGCAUUGUACGUGAGAGUGUCUCCUAGACCCAAAGGAAUGCUUUUUAACUUUGCAUGGAAUGAGUCUGCAAGGAAGUGGGAGAUAAUGAUGCAUCGCCUGACUCCACAGGGGUGUGGAGUCUCAGAGACUUGGUUGGAAAAGGAAUCGGACGACCAUCAUUAUGCGGCUGUUGAGGGUGUUCCACAUCUUGUGUGGCAAUGCCCUGAUGAUGGAGAUCAGUUCACUCGCAACAUAACGCAUAGCUUAGUGGAUUUAGGAGAAAGAAAGAUUUGUUGUGUCCUAGCCAAAUUUGACUCCACAGGUGUUAAACAAAAACAAUGGGGGGCAGUUCGGAUCGAUGUAGACAAUGAGCCUUCAAAAUGGUGGGCAGCUCGGACCUGGGGGCAACCAUGGGGGCCAGUUCGGACCAAUGUAGGCAGUGAGACUCCAAAGCUGCGCAUUCAUGUGAUAUCAUUUAAAAUUGUGGGUGAUGAGUACACAUCAAUGGGCACCGAAAUUCUGAAUUCCCGAGUCUUUGAACCAGAUUGGUCUCCGGAUUCUGCAGGGGUCUUGAAUGGAUCAGUUCUUCAUAGCUUUGUCCGCUGAGGCUGGUAAGUUAACUCUUUUCGCAUUGU